GCGCCCACCAGAUCCGUUGGUUAACUCGGAAAGUUCUUUCCACUUUCUGAUCCUUAUUUUCCACAUUUACCCGAGAUUUUUGAGUAAUUGUUUAACUAAAGAAGCAUGAAGGACGAUAUUGUUGUUACCGGUAUUUCUUGCCGUCUCCCCAGCACGUCAAAUAUGACGGAGCUGUGGAAAAAUUUAACUGAAGGUGUUGACAUGGUCAGUGAAAACGAUCUUUAUUGGCCAAGAGGUAUUCAUGGCAUUCCGAAAAGAAAGGGAGUUCUACCCGAAAUUGAUCGUUUCGACUCUCUCUUCUUCGAAAUCAACCCUAAGCAGAAUAAAGUUUAUGAUUUUGAACACAAAAUUCUUUUGGAAGUAGUUCACGAGGCUAUUCUCGAUUCUGGUUAUAGCUCUGAAGAACUUGCUGGUACUAGAUGCGGUGUACUCGUUGGAUCUGAAGGCAGCAGUGGUGCUACCGCCGAAUUUUACGUUGAUACAGCUGAAAUUAACGGAUUCGAAACAAAAAAUCACGGUUCUAUGAUGUCCAACUACAUUUCUUUUUUCUACGAUCUUAAAGGACCAAGUAUGACCAUAAAUUCGGCCUGCAGUUCAAGCUUUCAAGCUCUCCGUCUAGCUUACCGCUAUAUGGAAGAUAAUCAAUGUGAUUCUAUGAUCGUAGCUGGUUCUCACGCUCAAUUUUCACCAAUGGCUAAUUUAACAUUAACAAGAGCUAUGAUGUUGGCUAACGAUGGUAAAUGUAAAGUUUUCGAUGAAUCGGCUGAUGGUUACGUAAGAAGUGAUGGUAUCGUUGCUAUCCUUCUCCAAAGAGCUAGUCUAGCUAGAAGAAUCUACGCAAACAUUAGAGGCGUCUAUGACAACUGUGACGGCAGAAAGAGUCAAGGUACAUCUUUCCCUAGCGCUCCAUCCCAAAAGGAUUUGUUAAGAGACUUUUAUAAAGCAAACAACAUGAAUCCCGAUGAUGUUGUCUAUAUUGAAACUCACGGAACCGGAACCCAAGUAGGAGAUAAAGCAGAAAUUACCGCUCUUUCCGAAUUCUUUUGCGGAAAUGGCAGAAAAGACUUGUUAAUAGGAUCAAUUAAGUCCAAUCUCGGCCAUACUGAAGUAACUUCCGGUUUGGCAAGCAUGUGUAAAGUAAUCUUGGCUAUGCAACACAAACUAAUCCCGGGAAAUCUUCAUCUAAAUCAAUUCAACUCAAACAUCCCCGAACUCUUUGAUGGUUCAAUGAAGGUUGUUAGGGAAAAUAUGGAAUGGGAAGGUGGACCAACUGCUAUCAACUCAUUCGGAUUUGGUGGUGCUAAAGUUCAUUGUGUUAUUGAACCCUAUCGAGAGAAGAAGAACAAUGAAAUUAAAUAUGAUGGACUAAGAUUGGCUACCAUCUGCGGAAGAACUGAAGAAUCCACGAAAUUCUUUUUAGAAAAUAUGCUUGAAAACAAGGAUAACCUUGAGUUCCACUCUUUGACAGAGUCCCUUUCUCUCUCCUCCCCAAUGGCUUAUCCUUACAGAGGUUACGUUGUCAUGAACUCUGAAGAGCAAAUCAUUACUGUUGAAGAUAUCCCAAACAAAGGAUCUGAUAAAGAAGUAUGGUUCGUUUACAAUGGUAUGGGUUCUCAAUGGCCCGGUAUGGGCAAAGAACUUUUGGGCAUGAAAGAAUUCAGAGAGAGUUUCGAAGUAUGCAGCAAAGCUGUUGCCCCUCUAGGCAUUGACUUAAAGAAGCUACUCCUGGAAUUUAGCGAAGAAGAUUGCGAAGAAAUAGUAAAAGUUUUACUUUGCGUAACCGCCAUUCAGAUUUGCAUAACUGACAUUCUGGAAAAAGUUGGCGUUGUACCAAAUGGUAUUGUUGGUCAUUCUCAUGGUGAACUUGCUUGCGGUUACGGUGACAAGGCUUUGAACGCUGAACAAACCAUGUUGAUCGCCUACCAUAAGGCUAUGAGUAUCGUCAACCAAAACACAGAUGAAGGUUCUAUGUGUGCCGUUAUCGGAAUCACUCUCCAAGAAUUGGAAGAGAUAGUUCCUGAAGAUGUCACUAUUGCCUGUCAUAACUCUGAAAGCAUUCAUACUAUUUCCGGCGCCGUAGAGAAUGUCGCGCGAUUUAUGGAAACAUUGAAGGAGAAGAAUAUUAAAUGCAAGGCAGUUAAGAGUUGCAAAGUGGGUUUCCAUAGUUCACUCCUGGAAAAAACCUAUCCCGAAUACAGAAAAAAUUUGGAAGAGAUUAUACCAGAACCAAAGGAAAGAUCUUCCAGAUGGAUCAGUACUUCUCUUCCUGAAGAAGAUUGGGAAGAAGAUGUCGGUCUUACUGCUAACCCCGAAUAUUACAUUGCCAACAUGGCUAAUCCUGUCUACUUUGUCGAAGCAUGCAGUCUUAUUCCAGAGAAUGCAGUUAUCAUCGAAAUUGGUGCUACUAACCUACUACAGAGUGUUGUUAAGGCUACCGUAGGCAAGAAGGCAACCUUCUGCCCAAUGAUACCUAAAGGACCAACAGAUGAAACAACUCUUCUCUCCCAUAUAGGAAAAAUCUACUGCGCAGGUAUUAAUGUUAAACCACUGAACUUGGUUCCUAGAGUGCAAUUCCCUGUCAAACUCGAAACACCUAUGAUAGCACCCUUCUUUAGAUGGGAUCAUUCAGAAAUCAACGAAAAUCCAGUUGCCAGUUUGGAUGAGGUUCAAAAAGUUAAACCACACGAAAGAUUGAUGACAAUCAAGAACUUGUACGUUGCCAAAGAUUCUUGGCUAAGAAGCCAUCAAAUCGAUGGAAGACUUGUAGUUCCAGCCACCUAUUACAUUGACUUGCUUAUUGAUGUUUACUGCGAUUUCAAUAACUUGAAGAGAGAUGACCCUGCAUUGACAUUCACCAUGAACGACUGGCUUAUUCAUAAAGCUUGCUUCAUCCCAAAUGAAGAAUACGUACCUAUCCGUUUCCAAGUAACAAUCUGCAAGAGAUCUGGAUAUUUUGAAAUUUUCGAAAGUAAUACAGCAGUUGUUUGCGGUUACUUCAUCCAUCAUCAUUCGAGAAAGAAUCAUUGGAAGAAUGUCGUUAAACAUAAGAUUAUCGAACCCUACAGAGCGUCGAAGAACAAACUUCCCGGUUAUAGUCCCGAUGAUCCAGAAGUAUACAAAAAGGAAGAAAUUUAUCAAUUCGUCGCCAGAGCAGGAUACGAAUACGGUGAAGCUCUACAACUGAUUAUCAGCGGAAAGAAGGACAAUUGUUAUAUUACUUGGAAUGGAAAUUUGGGUGCUUUCUUGGAUGGUAUCAAUCAAUAUCAGGCUUUUGUUAAUGACAUCGAUACUAUCUAUAUCCCGUACGUUUACAAUAAGGUCGAAAUCGACUUGUACGAAUUAAACUACAUAAGAAAGCCUGGUGAUGCAAUCUAUUCUGAAAUUGCCGAUAGAAGAGAUUACCUCUAUUCGGGUGGAGUUAGGAUGAUUGGAAAGAGAUCCGAACAUAUUAAUCGUAAAACUCUUGAACAAAAUGCAUCAUUAAACGUCCAAAUGUACACUCCAUACGCCUCAUUCUCCGAAGAAGAAACUUACGAUAACUAUCAAGCUAUAGUUCAAAAGAUGCUUAAACUUUUCAAUGAAGCCGAAAAUAAGAAAGACGUACAAGAAGAGAUUAUCCAAAUGCUUCAUAAAUGUAAGUGGACUCAUCAGACGCUCGAUUUUAAUCUAUUGGAAAAAUUGAGAGAUUUAUGCGAUACGGAAAAUACUAAGGUUGAUAAAAACAAGAUGGCGUCCGUUAAGGAUGAUUUAUUCCUAUCAACUUUCAUUAGCCAAGACGAUAUCCUUGAGUAUUAUUCGGUCAUGGAUCAAAACAAUUUCAACCCCAUAAAAUCAAUUUUACAUUACGGUAAUAAUUCUAUCUGGUCGAAUGUAUUGGCUUUGAAUAUGGGCGAUUUAACUCAAUUCCAACUGUCUGGUAUCUUAACCACGGAUGAAAAGAACGACAACUUGAAGAAACUCUUGCAAUUUAUUAAAACCCCUAAGAAUGAUUUAACUCAAAGAGGCAACUUCUUCACCUACGUUAGCGGUCUUUUCUCUACCAGCGAAGAUGCCGAUGAAGAACUUAAAUUCUUAUAUAACCUAAUCCAAGAACGUGGUGGCUUCCUUUGUAUUCACGAUUUCACUUGCGAUAACGAUAAAGUAAUCGAUACUCUAAACUUCUUCAAGAAUCACGAACAUGAACAUAAAAAGGUUGGCAGAGAGGAAAUGUGCAAGAGAUUGCAAGAUGUUGGAUUUGAUAUAUUCUACGAAAAGCACAACAAUUUAACUUCAGUUUUCAUUUGCCGUCCAGCAGUUGAAGUUGAAGAGGAGCCAACCAUCAUUGAUAUUACCGAUUGCGAGAAAUUCUCCUGGUUGGGACCUCUACAAGAAGCCCUUAAGAAAAUCGAGAAGCCAGAAGAAAGAAUCUGGUUGAUUGCCAGCAAACCAGAGCCAAACGGAGUUCUUGGUCUUAUCAAAUGUCUUAAGAACGAGGAGAACGGCAACAAGGUUAGAUGCUUGAUGAAUGGCGAUCUCAAGGGACAAAGCCUACCUCCAGAAUACAUGCCCGGUGGAAGUACAUUCAAGAAGAUUGUCAAGAGAGAUCUUCUUUUGAAUAUCUACAGAAAAGAAACUCUCGGCUGUGUAACACAUAGAGAUUUUAUGAAGCAAAGAAAGAAGCCGAAUUACUCCAAGAACGUCUGUCUUGGUCAAAAAACUUUGGGCAACAUGUCCAGCUUCUUCUGGUGGAACUUGCCCGAAUUUUUGGUUGACGAAAAAAUGGCUAGUGAACACGGAAUGUUGCCAAUAAACGUCCACUAUUCGGCAUUAAACUUCAGAGAUGUUAUUGUCGCUACUGGAAGACUGAGAGAACAAAAGGCUAGAGGAAACGUUAAGGCUCUCGAGAAUAAGAUUGGUUCCGAAUUUUCUGGUAUUACCGAAAGUGGAAGAAGAGUUAUGGGAAUUGGAGCAAAGAUGACGGCUAUCGCAUCAAAGGUAAUCGCCGCCAAUAAUAUGCUUUGGGAUAUUCCCGAAACCAUGACAUUAGCCGAAGGAGCAUCAAUUCCUAUGGUCUACUUUACCGCUUAUUUCGCUUUAAUUGUUAAAGCUAAAAUGAAGCCGGAUGACGUUGUCCUUAUUCAUUCAGCAACCAGCGGUGUCGGUAUGGCUGCGUUGGAAAUUUGUAGACAAUUCAAAGUAAAAAAAAUUCUUUGUACUGUUGGUACCGCCGAAAAAGUCAAAUUCUUACAAGAACACUACAAAAUACCAAAGAGUUACAUCUACAACUCCCGUAGCACAGACUUCUUUGAUAGAGUUCUCGAUAAAACUGAGGGAAGAGGUGUCGACAUUAUUCUCAAUUCUCUUUCGGAUGAGAAAUUGACGCUUUCUUUCCAACUUAUGACGAACGGUGGAAGAUUCUGCGAAAUUGGUAAGAAUGAUAUCGUUAAGAAUACUAAACUUGGUAUGUCAACUUUCUUGAACGGUGUCUCCUUCCACGCUAUUGUUUUGGAGACAAUCUUGGGCAAUGACGAAAACAGCGAAUUUAUCCAGACUAGAAGCCUAUUGGAGAAUGGCUUGAAAGAUGGCUAUGUAAAGCCGUUACCUCUACACAUCUUCGACAUGGAAGGUGCCGAAGAAUCGUUUAGAUUAAUGUCCAGUGGUACCCAUAUAGGAAAGAUUAUGAUUAAGAUUAGAAAAGACGACAAACCAGAAGAAUACACAAGUAGUUUAGAACGCUUAAGAACCUCAGAGAAGAUGUUCUGUAUGCCCGACCUGGUUUACAUUAUCACCGGAGGUUUAGGUGGUCUAGGAAAUGAAUUGGCUAAGGCUCUUCUCAAUAGAUACGCCUACAAGAUUAUCUUGACAACGAGACAACCUAAAGUUAAAGGAUAUAAGAAGAAAUUGUAUAAUCUCUUGUUCAAUAUCGAAUCUAAUGCCCAACUAACAGUUAUGAACUACGACGUUAGUAACUACGACGAGGCCGUUCAGUUGUUUGACGAAGCUGACAAAUUAGGUAAAGUUGGUGGUGUUUUCCAUUUGGCUGGCUUACUACGUGAUGCCGAAUUCGCAAAUCAAACCCAAGAAACAUUUAAGGAAGUUUGCGAUGUCAAGAUUCUCGGAACCAAAAAUAUCGAUAAGAUAACAAGAGAAAGAUACGGAAAUGAUUUGAAGAGUUUCGUAGUAUUCAGUUCAUUGGCCAGCGGUUUCGGUAACGCUGGACAAACUCCUUACGGUUUUGGCAACGCCUUCGCCGAUUCGGUUUGCGAGCAGAGAUGCGCCGAUGGUUUAGCCGGAAUGUCAAUCCAAUGGGGACCAAUGGCCGAAGUAGGAAUGUACGAAGAGACCCUUCAACAAAGAAGGAAACAACUGAGAGAAAAGGGAGUGUCGGGAGCCGAGAUUGAAGAAUUGAUGAAUACCGGUAUCUUCCAAGCACAAAGAAUGGACUCUUAUAUGGACAGCUUUGAGAAAUUUACUCUUACACCAAUGCCAGUUGUCACUAGUUACGUUCUUUCCUCGCCACUUUUAUUGCUCAGUCAAGGCAAAAACGAUUUUGAAGUUGGUUUACAAGCUGUAGAAAAAGUACUAGGUGUAAAAUCUUUGGCUGCAAUGAAACCCGAGACGAAAUUGUCCCAGAUGGGUUUGGAUUCUAUCAUGGCCUCCGAAAUCCAUAUUAUCCUGAGAACCAAAAUGGGUAUGGAACUAAGUCCAGCUGACGUGAGAAACUUAUCGCUCGGUGACAUCUUGGCAUGCGGUAAGAAAGAAGAGGAAGAGGAGGAAGAAGAAUAGACUAUACUAAGUAAACUAGAAGAAGAAGAGGAGAAAGAAGAAAAUUUAAACCAAAAAAAACCAAAAAAAACCCCAAAAAUACAUAUUUUUUAAGCAUCCAAAAAAUGGAAACAAUAGAAGAUAUACCUCAUUAAAAAAAGAAAAGAAAAAGACUUUGAACAACAAUAACAACAGUGAGAAUAUAAUAAAGCAACAAAAUCCAUUUCUCACCAUCUGAACAUCAUCAGCAUCAUCAUUAUCGUCGAAACGAUUCAUUAGAGUUCUUUUCUUUUUUUGUGUUCUCCCUCUUAAUUUCUUUUUGUCAACAUAAUAACACUUUUUAUCAACUGAAACAUUGAAAAUGGUAUAUGGGUCUUAUGUAGUGUUAACCAGGCAUUUACUACAUAAAUGACAAACAUGAAAUAUUUAAGUUAUUUCCUCAACAAGUGACACUUUUCAUCAAAAGACUUAUGAAACGCCGAUGUUUUUGAAUUGUUCAAAACAACAAUAACAACGAUAACAACAACAACAACAACAACUGCUAUUUGUACAUUUUAUUGAACGUUUAAAAAUGAACAAUUACUUUUUUCGUUUUCUAAAAAAUAUGUAGCGUCACCAAAUAUUUUUAAAAUGUUCUUUUCUUUCUAUUUGUAUCGAUGGCAGUAUAAAGCAAUCCCUUCGGAAAAUUGCUUUUUGUAGAUAUUUACAACUAAUUACGUUAUAUUCAAUUAAUUGUCGGCGUGGAUGUUGUUACUUUGUCCUGUUUUUCGUUUUUAAUACCUUUAUUUUUUUUUCUUUCCAUCCUAUUUUAAUUCCUAUCUCUCUCUACAAAUGAAAAUAUAUACUCUUGCGCAAUCUGUAACUGUUAGUUUAAGGAAAAGGAGAAGAGAAAGAAAAAAUAAAAAGAAAAGGAAUUGGCAGUGAAAGGAAGAAGAAGAAAGAAGAAGAAAAAGUCCAUUUUUCCUUUCAUCCUGUUUCUUGUAUGUUUUUUAUUUUUGUUUUAAACACACUACUGCACUUUUAAUGAAAUUUACAUAUUCAUGAGAUAAAUUGAACGUAGAAUGUUCUUCUUU